AGGGGACUGAGGACGAUGUAUCGGCGAAGAUCUCAAUGCUGUCCAGGAUAUUACGAAAGUGGGGACUUCUGCAUCCCUCUCUGCACUGAGGAAUGUGUCCAUGGACGGUGUGUUUCUCCUGACACUUGUCACUGCGAACCAGGAUGGGGAGGGCCGGACUGUUCCAGUGGGUGUGACCAGGACCACUGGGGCCCUCACUGCAGCAACCCUUGCCAGUGCCGGAACGGAGCUCUGUGUAACCCCAUCACUGGAGCCUGUGUGUGUGCACCGGGUUACAAAGGAUGGCGCUGCGAAGACCUGUGUGAGCCGGGAAGUUAUGGGAAAGGCUGCCUGCUCAAGUGCCAGUGUCAUAAUGGGGCGACCUGUGACCACAAUACAGGAGAAUGUCAUUGCGCACCUGGAUACACUGGAGUUUUUUGUGAAGAGCCUUGUCCUCCAGGCAGUCAUGGAGCCCAAUGCGAACAGCGAUGUCCAUGCCAAAAUGGAGGAACCUGUCACCACAUCACUGGAGAAUGCACCUGUCUCCCAGGAUGGAUGGGUUUUGUGUGUGCACAACCUUGCCCAUCAGGAACAUACGGGGUUAACUGUAGCCAAGAGUGCCCAUGUCAUAAUGGAGGACAAUGUGAUCAUGUGACAGGGGUGUGCCUGUGUACAGCAGGAUAUAUGGGAGACAGGUGUCAAGAGGAGUGCCCAGUGGGGACAUUUGGCUUCCAGUGUGUGCAGAAGUGCGACUGUGAGAACAGGGCAAAGUGCUACCACAUCAACGGAGCGUGCCUGUGUGACCCAGGCUUUAAGGGCAUCCAUUGCCAGGAGCGGAUUUGUCCGGAGGGAUACUACGGACUGAAAUGCAACAAGCGGUGUCCGUGCCAUGCCACAAACACAGUCAGUUGCCAUCCUCUCUCUGGUGAAUGCAACUGUAAAGCUGGCUGGGCAGGGCUCUUUUGCAACGAAACGUGUGCUCCAGGGUUCUACGGCGAAAGUUGUCACCUUGUCUGCCACUGUCAAAAUGGAGCAGAUUGUGACAGCAUCACAGGAAAGUGCACCUGCGGACCAGGAUAUAUGGGAGAAACCUGUUCUGUUACAUGUCCUCCUGGGAGCUACGGAGUCAAUUGCUCCUUGGCCUGCAACUGCAAAAAUGAUGGCACAUGUUCCCCAGGAGAUGGCUCAUGCUUCUGCAAAGAAGGGUGGCAGGGAACUGACUGUUCCAUCCCAUGCCCCAGCAACAUGUGGGGUCUUAGCUGCAACCAGACGUGUAAUUGUGCCAAUGGAGCUGCCUGUGACCCCGUGGAUGGAUCUUGCCUUUGUGGUCCUGGGUGGCAAGGGGAAAUCUGUGACCAGCCCUGCCCUGAUGGGACGUACGGCCUGAACUGCAGUGAACACUGUGAUUGUAGCCACGCGGAUGGGUGUGAUCCUUUGACGGGCUACUGCUGUUGCCUUGCUGGUUGGACAGGUAUCCAUUGCGACAGCGUGUGCGCACAAGGCCGUUGGGGUCCCAACUGCUCCAUCGCCUGUAACUGUGAAAACGGAGGAUCCUGCUCUCCCGAAGAUGGAAUCUGUGAGUGCGCUCCAGGCUAUCGAGGACCCAUGUGCCAGAGAAUUUGUCCCCCUGGUUUCUACGGGCUUCACUGCAGCCAGCCCUGUCCCCAGUGCCUUCAUAGCACGAUGCCUUGUCAUCACAUCACGGGGCAAUGUGAUUGCCUACCAGGGUUUUUCGGCCCACUCUGCAACCAAGUGUGUCCAAGUGGAAGAUACGGAAAAGACUGUGCCGAGUUGUGUUUGUGUACAAACAAUGGGACCUGUAAUCCCACUGACGGCUCUUGCCAGUGUUUCCCAGGAUGGAUCGGCAAAGAUUGCUCACAGACUUGCCCAGUUGGGUUUUGGGGAACAGACUGUUUUCAUUCGUGCAGCUGUCACAAUGGAGGGACAUGCAGCCCCCACAACGGAGAAUGCAGAUGUACCCCUGGCUGGACCGGUCCCUACUGUUCUCAGAGAUGUCCAGCUGCCUUUUAUGGAAAGGGCUGCGCCAACGUCUGCCAGUGCCAGAACGGGGCCGACUGCGACCACAUCACUGGGCAGUGCACCUGCCGAACUGGGUUCACAGGAAAACAGUGCGAGCAGAAGUGUCCACAAGGAACGUUUGGUUACGGUUGCCAGCAGCUCUGCGAAUGCAUGAAUAACGCCACCUGUGACUAUGUUACAGGUACCUGUUACUGCAGCCCCGGGUUCAAAGGAAUCAGGUGCGAUCAAGCGGCUCUCAUGAUGGAAGAAUUAAAUCCCUAUACUAAAAUUAGCCCAGCUCUUGGAUCUGAGAGGCAUUCAGUGGGAGCAAUCUCUGGAAUUAUUAUCCUCCUGCUAAUUAUUAUGGUUUUGCUGGCACUGUUUGUGUGGUAUCGACGUAAGCAGAAGAAGGGGCACGACAUGCCGAGCGUCUCGUACACCCCAGCCAUGCGGAUGACCAACACCGAUUACUCUCUCUCCGACUACGCGAAGCAGUCGGCCCGCAGCUCCAGCAACUCUUCCCUCAACAGCAGCGAAAACCCCUACGCCACCAUCAGAGAUCCCCCCAUCCUGACCCGCAAACUGCCCGAGAACAGCUACGUGGAAAUGAAGUCUCCUGCCCACCGGGACGCGUCGUAUCUGGACAUGCCAACCUCUUCGCCCGCUCACAAAAACAUCUACGACGUUGAGCCCACCGUCAGCGUGGUGCAAGAGAUCCGCAUCCACAAUGCUGGUUACAUCCAAAAUCCGUAUGAUCUGCCCAAGAACAGCCACAUCCCCAGCCACUACGACAUUGUCCCGAUAAGACACAGCCCAACUCAUGGGACACUCUGGGAUAAGCCAUCUUAAAAGGCCCAGCCACUCUGAUGUCCCAAUCCCAACCACGUGCCAUGUGAGCAUUGUUCUCAAACACAACAAAGAUGACAAUCUUUUCUGUUUUAUCCUGCUGUAGAUGGGAGGAAAAGAACACAACGCAAAGAACCUUUAGGGACAAUUGUUGGGGCCCACUUGCUUCUGCAUGAAACUCUUUAUUUGACAAAAUAAUUUUAUACAAUUUGCAGGAAAACCAAGAAAGCUCCUAUACAUACAACAGCAGAAAGAAGACACCAGAAAGCCAUUUAUCUCCAAGUUCAGCCCUGGACCAUGUGCAUUCCCUGAUUUGGUUUUGCUUUAAAAAAAUGGAGGGAGAGGGAGGUGAGGAAAACCCCUUGCUGCAAGUUCUUAUAGCUGUAUCUGUACUAUAUUAUCACCUGCUUAAAGAAUUCUUUUCUAAAAAGAAAAAAAAAGACAUGACUUUCAGAUAGAUUUUGGGAUGUGUUGUGAAGCCUCCUGUGUGGUCAAGGAAGUACUUCUUCAAAGAACCCAGAAAUAAGGUGCUUUAGAAAAUUGCUGCCAGCAUAGCCAGAUACUAUUUCAUCCCACAGUGUAUUACUCUAAAUGAAAUGGCAUGAAGAAUCCAAAGUUUUCCAUGGGUGCAAAAAGUUCAGAAAUUCUUCUUGGUCUACAGAGUUUAUAGAAGGGUAAGUUCAUAAGAGCUUGCUCUACUGAGCAUGACUUCUGUCUGCUCCCUGCCUACCCCAUGCAUCCAUUGGUCCACCUUUAGGAGCUGGUCUCCAUCCAUCCAUCUUCAGGAGAUGUGAUUGAACAACACUAAUCUACAACCAAGUCCAUGCCCAUCUAUUCUCAGGUGGCAUUGGCAGUGUGGACAAUCUCAAAGUGUUUGUUUUACCUUGCAAUGAAAUGGAUAUGAGAUUGGCUGGACAGAACUAAAGCACAGGAGUCAGAGCAUAGCCAGGGACUCCUAAUCACACUUCUUGGUACUUCCCCUGACAAAGAUGGAGUGCUUGUGAUGCACCAAGGAUUAUGUACAUAAAUAAUGCUCAAGAACGGCCUUAUCCAAACAAGCAGGACCACUCUAAACCUGAGUUGGACACUGGUAGCAUCUUUCUUCAAGCUCAUGUACUGCAGCGGAGAUGGACUACGAUAGCCUUCCUUGAUCUUGGUUCCUUGGUAGACUUCCAUUCCCAGAAUUAUCAGUAAUUGUCAUGUUGGCCAAAGGAUUAUGGGAAUUCAAUCCAUACAUAAAAACAGUUUCCAAGUCAGGGAAGGCUGGAUUUCAUCAUCACCCCCAGUCAGUAUGACUAAUGUCCAUGCUAGAUGGAGAUGAUGGAACCUGAAGUCCAACACAGCUGGAAAACACAGACAAGGAAGAGUAGUCUACAGACCAACUAGUAAUUUUUCAGGGCAUUGAGCAGAGAUCUUUCCCAACCUUUCCUGAAGAUGCCAAGUGUAGAACUUGGGAACUUGUGCAUGUAAAGCAGACUUCUAUAACUGAGCUAUGCCUUUCCUUCAAACCAUUCUAUUAUAACAAAAUCAACUACACACCAUUUCCGGAAGAUUGCUUCUGUAUCAUAGGUACAUUCUAUCUGCAAUCACUGUUAGAUUGCAGUUGAACUUCAGCUUGGCUCUAUGCUCAUGAUUUGCGUGAGGAUCUUCUUGGAUAUGAUCUAAUGUUGAUAUUGGAUAAUAUUUUUAUCUGGCAAGUGCUAAUGUAGCAAAAAGGCUGCCUUUCACCAAGAAAUGUCCAUUUACCAUUAAGGCACAACUGAGUGGUGUUUGUAAGAGAAAGGAAAACGAAAGAAUCGCUUGCAAAAACAUGAUGGGACGUAUAAGACCUGCUGUGCAGAAUGCCUUUGCGUGAUGAUCAGGUUCUUAAAGUAGGUUUCAAUCACAGCUAUUGAUAGCUCUAUUAUCCAGGUUGAUAGACUGAGGAUGUUAUUUAAUCAGAAAUAAAUUGGAUAACAGAAUGCAGCUCCUGAAUGUAUUAUGAGCAUCAUGAAGCAGGGGUCAAUGAGCCUUUUCAGGUGGUGGGCACCUUUAUCACCUUUCGUGUGAUAAUACUCAAUUAAAAACUGAUUAGAGCUUCUGCAUUCCUGUCUGAAAUCACAUGAGAUCUCAUGUGAGAACACAGGGAUCUUGCUAGAUUU